ACACAAUUGAAUGGCUAGCUUGCAAUCUUCAUUGCACGGCUAAUUAGGCUAGAGUUUAAGAUAGAUGUGCCACCAAGUAUAAUGUGCUGUACGGCCAAAAAGAACGACAAGCAUGCAAAGCUACAAUCAACCACUGACUCCAUCUACUGUCAAUCAGAGGCCAAAUAGAAAUGCUUCGGCCCAAAGACCCCAUCCGUCGAAAGCGUGGAACACGGUCGCAGCCGGAGGACAGAGUUUCCCAGCAGCUAACGGAUCCUUCCAGCAGGUCAAGAAUGUGUGGGGUAAUGUGGACCCCUCGUCCUCCUCUCCAGUUGCGACCAUCAAGAAGAGACCGGAUGGACUGGGAGUGGGUGUGGUGGGAAGGAGGGGGGAGAAAGUGAUGAAAGAAAGCAGUGACUGGCAACAGGACAGUGGUUUGGCGGAGGAGGACACGCCCGAAUCCACACUCAUCGACAUAUCAAAGGCAUAUCAGGGAUGCUUGAACAAGUACAGCAACCUGUUCCCAGAGUCCUGUCGACAGGACGCUCUUGUUUCUUCCCUGGAUAAAAUCGGUUCCAGUUGUAGCAUAUACGUAACAGAAAUAUCCUCGCCCAACCUCUUUCUUGGAAUCGAGAACAACCAGGAAUUAAAACAGUCUUUUCAAAAGCUAAAGAAACAACUACAACUCAACUUUGAUAGUCAGAUACAACAGCAGAACUCGAACAAAUCAAUCAGACAAGCGAGAAUUACACAAAAUACAUUUGUAUGUGUGAACGAUCGUUCUGAAGGGGUUUCGCGAGGAUUUGUGGUGUCGAUAACCAACCAGAUUUGUGAUGUGUAUCUGAUUGACUGGGGAUACAUAAAUGCCUACCCUAUCCAAGAGGUGUGGGGACUGCCCUCUUAUGCAAUUGGAUUCUGCCGACCUCUUGCCAGGCUGUUCGAGAUCGCAGGAGCCCCGACGGAUCUGCCGUUUCCGGAUGGACUGAACUUGCCUGCCCUGUUCCACGUGAAGGUCAUGGCCCACAACUCCAAGUGUGUGUCCACUGUGGUCAAGGUCAAGUACAAGGGCAGAGAUCUGAUCGACUACUACUACGAACCGGGGUUACUCAAACAGGCAGAAGAAGCAGGCUCAGGACCCAUCAACCCCAAGAGUCCCCCCGGAGGCACUGUCAAAGCACCACCCGCUUGGGGUCCCAAAAAUACCAUCAACACAAACCCUUCUCAGGGGGGAGCAGCGGAUGCGGCCACUUAUGUUGUAGGAGCAGCAGGAGCUGUUCCUCCAGUGCCUAAUGUGACUGUGGCUGUGGGGGAUGAGUCCAAUAGUGGGACUAACAGUGUGGUUGAGGAGUGGCUUAUGAACACAGCCGACGAACAGUUCUCACAUUUCGAUGAAGGUCCUCCCAGCCCGACUGACGACGAAGCACUUGCCAACCUAAUGGAGGCCUUUGAACUUGGGGACAGUGUAUCUGCAGUUGUGCACCACCCUCCCCCCGUUUACUCCCAACAACCCCACCAAAUAAAGUCCUUCAACCAGCAGCUAACUGUUGUCCAAAAUAACCACCACCCGGCUGGUCAUCGCAACAAUCCUCAGGCAAAUUUCGCUACGCACGGGAACCACCCGAACAACAGUUACAGUCAGAAUAUCAACUCCAAUUACAGUUUCAACACUAACUAUAGCCAUCAUCAGAAUCAAGCCGCAGGUAGAAAUAAUUCUGCCAACCGGACUCCAGAUCAGUUGGACGGAGGAUCCCCCAGAAACAUGACCUCAAUAUCAUCAAAGCUCGACAUCAAAACAGGCUCCAACGUCAAGAUUCUAAUUUCAUACGUAGUGCUGCCGACCUUCUUCAAUUUCAUUCCGAUCAAUCAGACUACGAACAAGUUCAGAGAACAGCUGAAAACUUUAUUGAACUCGUUUAUAACAAGUGCCGGUAAAAAGGGCAUCGAUAGCGACCCAAACACAGGUCAGCCUGUGGUGUUCCCGGGUCAAUAUUUUGUGUCAAAAAUCAGAGGCGAAGUAAGGCGUGUCACAGUUAAACCAGGGCAUCAACUUUUGGAGAAAAAUAAGUUUGUAAAGAUACAAGACGUUGAUUACGGCGGAGAAAUAAUCGCGAGGUGUAACGAGGUAUUUAAAAUACCAGAGCAGAGUGCGGAAGCCAUAAAAAAUAUUCCAGUUUUGAGAUGUAACGGAUCCAUGAAUGGGCUCCAUCCGAACUCGACAACACGUCGGUGGAGUCCAGAACAGUGCCAGUCAUUUCGGCAACUAACAGAAAGUAACAUAAUGGAUGCGACAGUAGCUAGAGUGACAUUGUCGCCUCAGAUGUCAGUGCCUUAUUAUAACUUCGAUCUCUAUUACUCGCACGGUAACCAGUUCUCAAUUGCAGAUAUUAUGAGGGCCUUUGAGUACGCUUCUUGAUAGCCGCCUGUACACCCUUUGAAAACAACUGUAUGAUAGUCUGUACUUCGUAAAAACAAGAACAAUAACAGCAUUUCCGAGCAAAUUGUAAACUAAAAUGCUGUGCAAAAUUCGUCGAAGAAGCCAUUACGAACCUUAAAUGAACUAUAAUCCAGGUAUGUUAAUCGUAUAAAGUGAACGAAGUGAGUUCAAUCUAUCCUCUGUGUAACUUCUAUCUCAAUCUAUAUGUUAACUGUGUCCAAAUGAACUUCCUCGUACUAGUCACUGAACAGUAACUUCAACCACGUCAACCCAAUCCAGCGAAUCAAAGAAAAGUAUCAAGUUUGUACAUUUAAUAAAAAAUCAGUGUGAAUCACGUUAUGACUGUUGAGAAGAACUCCGACGACUUCAAAUGAAAAAAAGAACUAAACUAGAAACUUUGAUUCAAUUGUGACAUUAAAUGUGAAAGAAAAACAAACUAAAUAGCUCAGAAUACUAUUGUCAGAAUGAGUGUUUAAAAUUUCUCUAUAAUGAUGGCAUAGCAUACUGUUUUGUCUUGCGAAGAAACAAGGCAUUAAUGGAUCAUCUAGUUUAUGAAAAAUUUGUAAUUUUUUCAUGGUUUUUGUGUAGUGGUUACCUAAACAUAGUUCUCACUCAAACCGACCUCAAGUUGGAAAUAUUGCAAAUAACGGAAAUAUUCUAAAGUAUUUUUAUUGUUCUGUCAUCUUAUUCGUUUAACCAUGAAAUUUCAAAAUGGUAUUCGAACUUCAGAAGCAAAAUUAAAACGUAAUACAUAAUUGUAAAGUGAUGAUAAUGACAAUGAAUCGAUUGUUGAAAAUUAGAUUUUCUAUUUCAAACCUCA